AUGUGCGAGAGGCGGGCAAUGUUUAUACAGCCUACAGGAAACAAAAAGUCAAAGUCCCAUAGUGCCAAACCUAAGAAAAAGAGUGACAAAAAGCGGCCAUCUAAGAAAAGGUCAGCGAGUAAGACAUGCGCAAAGCCAGCAGUGGAUAUUCUGAGCCCAGCUGCCAUGAAGAAUGCCUACUACAUUUCCCACAAUGCAGUGGACUGCCUGGAGUUCAGAGGCUUUGGCUGGCCUGAAGCCACUAAGAAGAAAGGAAAGGGACUAAAACAACAACAACAACAAAAAAACAAAAAGUGA